CCUUUUCCACCUGUCAGGGGCAGCUGACAGGCAAUGCCCAAUGAAGGCAGGCUCCACCACAGUGAGCAUCUUCUCUGGCUUCAGCGUGUGCAACAUCUUGUCGUCAUAGUGCUAGUUGAGCCAUGUUUCGCAGGAUAUCUUUCCUCUGUUUCUUCAAAGUGGAGUGGGAUGUGUUCAGGUCACGGUGCUCUCAGAUGGACACACUUACCCGCCGUUGUCCCUUCCUGACGGUCGUACCGAGCACAGUGCUGCAUUCAGCCGGUCAGAGCUCGCUGGUGGGCUAUGCACUGAAGUGCCCUGUAAUGAUGGAGCUGGCGUCCAGGCCCCGGGUCCGGGAGCUCUCCUCUUCAGCCUCAGUGGCUUCAGAAACAUCACCAAAAGAACCGGGCCAAACCCUCCCUCCUGGCGAGCAGCCGACCAGCUCUAAGUGCCCCUUCCUGGCCUCUGAGAUGGUGCAGCACAUCGACCUUGUGGUCAGGGAGGCCAGGCUAGAGCUCCAAGAGGAUGUCCACAAGAUGAACUCCGCCCGCACAAAUCAAUUGGCAGAGAAUUCAUCGUUGCUGGGCCUUAAAGAGACCAGGGCCCAUAAACCAACAGCUCCUGUGGUUUCUCACCUACUGCGGGACUUUCUGCCCAAAGCUAGCUUCUUCAGCUACGACAGCUUCUUUGAGAACAAGAUUGACGUCAAGAAGAGGGACCACACGUACCGGGUGUUCAAGACGGUGAACCGGCACGCCGCCUCCUUCCCCAUGGCAGACCAUUACUCCCAGUCUCCCUACUCCCAGACUGCCAGUGGGAUGAGGGGCGUGUCUGUGUGGUGCAGCAACGACUACCUGGGCAUGAGUCGCCACCCCUCGGUCCUCAACGCUGUCAAGGAUGCUCUGCUGACCCAUGGAGCCGGCGCUGGGGGCACCAGGAGCAUCUCGGGGACCAGCAAGUUCCACGUGGACCUGGAGCACGAGCUGGCUGACCUGCACGGCAAGGACGCCGCGCUGCUCUUCACCUCCUGUUUUGUAGCCAAUGACUCCACCCUGUUCACUCUGGCCAAAAUGCUACCAGGUUGCCAGAUCUAUUCUGAUGCAGGCAACCACGCCUCGAUGAUCCAGGGCAUAAGGACCAGCGGCGCCCAGAAGUUUGUCUUCCGUCACAAUGACGUGGGACACCUGCGAGAGCUGCUGCAGCAGGCUGACCCGGCCACUCCGAAAAUCGUGGCCUUCGAGACAGUACACUCUAUGGAUGGUGCUGUGUGCCCUCUGGAGGAGAUAUGUGAUACUGCCCAUGAGUUUGGCGCCAUUACAUUUGUGGAUGAGGUGCACGCGGUGGGCCUUUAUGGGGCCCGGGGCGGGGGCAUCGGAGACCGGGACGGGGUCAUGCACAAAAUGGACAUCAUCUCCGGCACACUUGGCAAGGCCUUCGGCUGCAUGGGGGGCUACAUCGCGGGUACCGCCGCCCUGGUGGACACAGUGAGAUCCUACGCCGUGGGCUUCACCUUCACCACCUCCCUGCCCCCUAUGCUGCUGGCCGGUGCCAGGGAGUCCGUCCGCAUCCUGAAGAGCCGGGAGGGCCGCGGCGUGCGGAGGAGCCACCAGAGGAGCGUGGCGCUGCUGCGGCAGAUGCUGACCGCCUCCGGGCUGCCCGUGGUGCGCUGCCCCAGCCACAUCAUCCCCGUGCUGGUGGCGGAUGCAGAGAAGAACACGGAGGUGAGCGACCUCCUGAUGUCCCGGGACCAGAUCUACGUCCAGGCCAUCAACCACCCCACGGUGGCCAAGGGGGAGGAGCUUCUGCGCAGCCCCACGCCGCACCACACCCCCCAGAUGAUGCAACACUUUGUCGAGCGCCUGGUGGAGGCCUGGCAGGAGGUGGGUCUGGACCUGAGGCCUCGCGCGUCAGGAGGGUGUAACUUCUGCACACAGCCGCUGCACUUUGAGCUGAUGAGUGAGAAGGAGAGGUCCUACUUCCAGGGCCUCAGCCACGUGAUAUCAGCGACCGCAUAACGUUACCAUGAUGAGGAGGAGGAGGUGGAUUAUGAUGAUCAUCAUCAUUAUUUGAAUUAUGUUUCAUCUUUCAGUACACGUCAUACAAAUCAUUUUGUGAAAAAAUUUCCUUACAGAUGGAUGGGGUGGAAAUGAGUAGCAUGAAAGAUAAAACCAACGAUUGUUUGUUAUAUUUACCUCAGCGCAAACAUUUACCAAAGAAAUACAACCAUUAGAACAAUGUGGAAACUUUAUAGGAUGACAUAGUAGGCUAAUAUCUGCAGAAAACAACCCUCCUGGCCUUGGAAUGUGUGUUCAAUAUUUGAUUGCGAUUAUUUAUUGUGACUUAUUAUGUACUUUAAUCCUGUACACUUUCUAGAUAUUUAUUGAUGUUGUUGGAUAUUUAAAUUGUAAUAUCGGUUCGAUACUGGUACAUUUAAGAAUCUAGGUAUAGGCCUAUUAUAGGUAACAAUCUAUAUUUUUCUUAUUUUUAUAAAGCACAUUAUUAACUUGCGAACCGUGGUCUGUGUUCACUUUCUUAAUAUGGCUCGAAUUAUAUCGAAAACCUUAAUACCCCUUAAGUAUCAUAUUUAGCAUAUUCAAUGGUAUUUCAUAACGACGAGAAGUGUGGUUUUUUUUAUGAUUGCGAAAAGGCAAAACGUGUAUUCUGAUUUCCCCCACUUGGGGGCGCACUGCAGCUGUGGUUGAGAGCUCUAUAAGAAGAGACGUCUGGCACCUCCCUUUUCUUCGAUGAGUCACAGACUGUAAAGUCCCCCGAUCCACCACAAGAUGGGGUUUACAGAAAUAUCAAAAUUGCAGAAGUCUAGGUACGAACCUUAGACAAAUAAUUUUCAGAAGUAAUUUUUUUUUUUUCUAUGAUCCAUUUAGACAACAAUACCAAAACUAAGCCCGAACCCUCUGCGUUGCAUUUAAACGUGAUGUUGAUAUGUUAUAUUAAUAUGUAUUAUGAAACGAUUUUCCUUAUGUAAUGUGGUGCAGUACAGCUAUCUUUUUAGCCGAUGGUGAUGAAUCCUUUAUAAUGA